AUGGCAGAAGACAGCCACCGAGACGCGCCGGCGGGGCCAGGAGCCCUUUGGGGGGCCCUCCGGGCGCUGCUGCCCCGCACGAAAGAGGAGCUGUGGUUGGACCUCGGUGAGAGCGUGGAGAGGAGUGUGGUGCUGCUGCUGCAGCAGGCCGCUGACCUCUUCCACAGCGGCCGGAGGAGCGAGUGUCUGCAGACGAGUGAGGUGGUCCUGGACUACUCCUGGGAGAAGCUCAACACCGGGCUGUGGCAGGACGUGGACAAAGACUGGCGUCGGGUGUACGCCUUCGGCUGCCUCCUGAAAGCCGUGUGUCUGUGUGAAGCGCCCGGGGACGCGACCGCCGUGGCCGCAGCCCUCAGAGUCUGCGACAUGGGCCUGCUGAUGGGAGCGGCCAUCUUCGACGACAUCCUCAUUAAAGUCGCCGCCGUCCUCCAGGCGCACCUUCUCCCUGGGAAGAGGCCCGCCCACAGCCCGGCCCCGGAGCAGCCCCGCGUAAAGAAGGCCAGGAACGGCCAUGUUUCGAUCCCCGAUCUGCGGUCAGAGAGAGCAGUCCCCCGGCUUCGCUGUCCGUCGCUGCAGCAUUUCCGGAAGCAUCAUUUGGUCCCACAGACGCCGGUGAUCUUGGAAGGUGUGGCUGACCACUGGCCGUGCAUGAAGAAGUGGAGCUUGGAGUACAUACAAGAGAUUGCCGGCUGCCGGACUGUCCCGGUGGAAGUGGGCUCCAGGUACACAGACGAGGAAUGGUCCCAGAGGCUCAUGACGGUCAGUGAGUUCAUCGACAACUACGUCCUGAAUGAGCCGAGGGACGUCGGGUACCUGGCCCAGCACCAGCUCUUCGACCAGGUCCCGGAGCUGAAGCAGGACAUCAGCAUCCCUGACUACUGCUGCCUGGGCGACGGGGAGGAGGAGGAGAUCACCAUCAACGCCUGGUUCGGGCCCCCCGGCACCGUGUCCCCCCUUCACCAGGAUCCCCAGCAGAACUUCCUGGCCCAGGUGCUCGGGAGGAAGUACAUCCGCCUGUAUUCCCCGCAGGAGUCGGAAGCUGUGUAUCCUCACGACACGCACCUCCUUCAUAACACGAGCCAGGUGGACGUGGAGAAUCCCGACCUGGAGAGGUUCCCCAGGUUCGCCGAGGCCCCGUUCCUGUCCUGCAUCCUGUGCCCGGGAGAGCUGCUGUUCAUCCCGGUGAAGCACUGGCACUACGUGCGGGCCCUGGACCUGAGCUUCUCCGUCAGCUUCUGGUGGUCGUAG